CUCUUCCAGGAUGAUAGAAGAGCUAGGCAAAGAGACUUUUUAGGUGGGUGGGGGUGGUUGUAGGACAGGGGCAUUUUGCGGCCAGAGACAUCAGAAACCAUCCUGCUGAGAUUGGCUACCCCACCUCACAGAGAGUAACCCAGGCUAGGUAAGACAGUGCAUGUACAUUGAACCAGAGACUCCAGGCCAUCCCCCAACUCAAGGUGGCUUCCGGCCUGAGGUGGGGUCCAUUCGCGUGAGGAAUGCACAGCAGGGGACAUGGGCUGCGUGCUCAGAGGAGAAGCUGACUGUCCCUGGAGGGCGUCCUCCGAGUCCGUAUGUGAGUCCUGCUGCAGAAGGAGCUGCUGCUUCUGAUGUGUGCCUCAUGCUUCAGCCGUAGCAGGCCAUGGUACUGAGAGGAGGACCUCCAACUUUCCUUCUCUUGUAAGAGGGAGGCCUUGUGGCUCUGAAACCUGUUCUGAGCCCCUCAUCUCAGUGGCCAAGGCCCCCCAGGCCUGAAGCUGUGGUGCCCAGCAUGUGGGACCUGGCAUUGUGACCUCAGCUGUUCCGUACACAAAGGGGUGGUCUCCCUGCCCAUACCUGGAAGUUGCAUAGGACAGUGGCCUGGUCCUGGGGGCUGCUGUGGGGUGUUGAAGAACACCCUGGCCUCCUCCAUCAUGUCGGCCAAGAGGGCAGAAUUGAAGAAAACAAAUCUGAGCAAGAACUACAAGGCAGUUUGCCUGGAAUUGAAGCAAGAGACGACCAAGACGUUGGAUUACAAAGCAGUCAAACAAGAAGGGCCAUUUACCAAAGCAGGAGUGACGCGGGACCUAAAGAAUGAACUCAGGGAAGUGAGAGAAGAGCUCAAGGAGAAAAUGGAGGAGAUAAAACAGAUAAAGGACAUAAUGGACAAAGAUUUUGAUAAACUUCACGAAUUCGUGGAAAUUAUGAAGGAAAUGCAGAAAGAUAUGGAUGAGAAGAUGGACAUUUUAAUAAUUACACAGAAGAACCAUAAGCUAAGAGGACCAAAAGAGCAGCAGGACCUGAGGCUGAUGGGAAAGACUCACGGAGACCCACAGCUCAGGCUCCAGAAAAUGGACGGAGCCGGUGGAGCCAACAGAGCACCCUUUGCUCUUCACAAGAAGACGAUGGCACCUCAGAAAGCAAAACAGGACUCCCUGGAUCCCCUGCAUCAGUGCAGGACCUGCUGUCGGGAAAUACUCACACCAGGUCUGGGCACCCUUUUCACCCUUGGCUUGUGGAGCUGCCUUCUGAUUUAUCUGUUCCUCAGACCUGCUGACAUCGAAUAUGUGCUUCCAACCUAGUGCAGCCGCAGAGGCACUCAGCAGUUCCGGUUCCUCACCUCCCCCUCAUUGAGCUGCACAGUCAGGGCUUUUGUCCUCUGAAAUACCACCCCUACCCCAGGCCUCCAUUGGAGAUUAAAAACCUUCACUGAAAGCCAAAGGGGAUGUCAUAAUUUUGAGUACCAGUCUAAAACUUGAGUUUAUGGAGGUCACUUCUUUUUGGUUCUAUAUCAGUGUAUUUCAGACUCCAGCCCCUCCCCCUGCUUCCUGAUGGACUGGUGGGAAAUUCCAUCUUAGUCAUCUUAGGGUCCUCCCAAACACCACCUCCCUCCAUUCCACCUGGGUCUGCAAAGGUCCCAGGUCCGAUCAUGGGGAGGGCCCUUGAUGACAGCAGACAUCAGUCUGUAUGGUCUCAGGAGAGACCUUGCUGCCUGGCCCAGCUGCUCCCUCCAUGUAAUCAGCUCGCACCUGUGCAUGGGGCCCAGGUGUCUUGGGUGACACAGGGAACCCCUGGGCUUCGAGUCCUGCCUGCCUCCCUCCCCUGAGGUCUUGUCACCAAGCAGGACUCAGGCCCUGCUGCUCAUAGGAACUGGGUGGCUUUCUUGGGUUAUGGGGAUCCAUCCUUCU